AUGGGAACUAGCUGCUUCCCUGUUGGAUUGGUUGGGGGUGGGAAUGUGUGAUGUUGGCAACCGGAGGCUGGCGACCGUGUGGCAGAGGUUCCAGCUGGUGUCAAUCCGAGCAAUGUCUUCCAGUUAAGAAACCUGAAGUUAUCUUUUCACUCUACUAAGACCCUCUCCUCUGGGUCACUAUGAAGUUGAAGCAGAGGGUGGUGGUUCUGGCCCUCCUGGUGGUAAUCCUGGUUCUUACAAAGCUUCUGUUGCUGGAUCGGUUUGAGACCUCUGCUGCCCAGCGACAAGACCAGCUAUCUUACCAACACAUGAUGUCCAAACUGCAGCUCACCAUGGACUCCCGACUGGAGCACACCCUACAGUCCCCUUGGGAGAUUGCAUCUCAGUGGGUUGUCCCACGGGAAGUAUAUCCUGCGGAUACCCCAGAAAUGGGAGCCGUCCUGCAUGCAAUGGCCACAAAGAAGAUUGUGAGAGCUGACGUGGGAUACAAAGGCACCCAACUGAAAGCCUUACUGGUCCUGGAUGGAGGUCAAAAAGUAGUGUUCAAACCCAAGAGAUACAGUCGAGAUCAUGUUGUGGAAGGUGAACCCUAUGCCGGGUAUGAUCGCCAUAACGCAGAGGUAGCCGCGUUUCAUCUAGACAGGAUCCUCGGAUUCAGACGAGCUCCCCUUGUAGUCGGCCGUUUUGUGAAUCUUGUAACUGAAAUUAAACCUGUGGCCACGGAACAGCUGCUAAGCACAUUUCUUAAGCAAGGCAAUAACAGCUGUUUCUAUGGGAAGUGUUAUUAUUGUCGUGAAACCGAGCCUGCAUGUGCAGACAGGGAAGUUAUGGAAGGUUCAGUUACUCUCUGGCUGCCUGAUGUGUGGCCCCUUCAGAAGCACAGACACCCCUGGGGAAGGACCUACCGUGAGGGCAAACUGGCAAGGUGGGAAUAUGAUGAAAGUUACUGUGAUGCUGUGAAGAAAACGUCGCCAUACGACUCAGGCCCCCGACUUCUGGAUAUUAUCGAUACAGCCAUCUUUGAUUACUUGAUUGGAAAUGCAGACCGGCAUCAUUACGAGAGCUUUCAGGAUGACGAAGGAGCUAGCAUGCUCAUACUGCUAGACAACGCCAAAAGCUUUGGAAAUCCAUCCCUAGAUGAGCGUAGUAUUUUGGCCCCUUUGUACCAGUGCUGCAUUAUACGAGUCUCCACUUGGAAUCGCCUAUCUCAUUUGAAGCGAAGCUCCUUGCGUUCAGCGCUACUUGCAGCCACAUCUCACGACCCUCUCUAUCCGGUGCUGUCAGAAGCGCACCUGGAAGCCUUGGAGCGGCGCCUGCAAGGGAUUUUGGGAACUGUCCAGCAAUGCAUAGACCAGUUUGGUGUGGAUACAGUGAUGGUGGAGGACAGAAUGUUGACCAAUAGAAACUAGCUGCCCAUCAGUAUCACCUAGGGAGGUGUAACAAUGGUUUGCUGUACACCUAGAGACUUGGUGUGUGGGGAUUGGAACCCUUAAAUCAGCACAGGACACCCACAGACAGUAAUACGAGAUCCAAAAAUGUGCAGUUGUCUUACGCCUUGCGUCCUGGUGGUGAGAUGGUAUCAAAAUUAAGGAAUUAUUUGCUUUUCCCAUGUUUUGUCUUAUUUGUGACACUCUGCAAGGGAUUUUUUUUAUUAUAAGAAGACGGACAUCAAGAACCCUUGUCGGUUCCGUGGGUGCAUAAUUUGGACAGAUUUUAUGUUUUCAGUCCAUAAUUUAUUUCCUUGCUGGUGAUGUCUGUUUUUUUGUUCUAUAUAUAAUGAUUUUUUUGUUUUGUUUAAGGAUACGUCUUUUUUUUUUUUUUUUUUUUUUUUUUUUUUUUUAAAUCUGUGGGUGUUGGGUUUUUACCAUGCGGUAUGCACAUUGUCCUCAGGGUGGCGCUGCCACUUUAUAUAUUACCAUCUGGUGCAACAAACCCAGUGGGUAUGUAUUUUAUCUAGUUCUGUUAAAUUAUUAGAUUAAUUUAUGGAAUGAUCUAAUGGGUAUUAAUGGUUAUAUGUUCCUAUUCCAUGGUUUUAGCAUUCUGCAGAACAUUUCAUCAUUAAUCUUUCUAAUUAAAAAAUGUGUUGGUUAGCUAUUUGCAGCGGAAUCUUCUAUCGAAGAGCUGGACAUUUAAUCCACCGUUUGCCAAAAUUGAAAGCCAACUGUAGUUUGGUUAAAGCCUUUUGGUCAACACAGAACUCCUCAAUAUGACUGUUGCAUUUUUACAGGUAGCCUCUUCAAAUGUACAAUACUGCACAAGGAACAAGGAAACCGUGUGGCUUUUAAAAAUAUUAUUUAUGAUAAGUGAAUCUAAUAUAGGAUCCAUUAUUCCUAGCAAAAUACUUAGACGCAGGAUCUGCUUUUAUUUAUUAUACACACACUUCAUAAACCCCGAAUGUUCAGCAUUAUUUUGGGCAGCUACAACAGUGUUUCAUUCAAACUAAUGAAAAGUAUUUUCCGCUUCCUACUUUGGCCUAGUUUCCAUUGAAGUGCUAAAGUUUGGAAAUAGACUUUAAAGGGACAGUAUACACCAAUUUUCCUAUAACUGCAUUUAAUAGACAAUACUAUAAAGAAGAAUAUGCACAGAUACUGAUCUAAAAAUCCAGUAUAAAACCUUUUACAAACUGACUUAGAAGCUCCCAGUUUAGCAGUGUUGAUGAAGUUAGUCUGAAAGGGGCUGGGAAAGCAGGAACAGCAGACCCCCCCCCCCCCCCCCCUGCAAAUAAAAAGUCCCAAUACGCAUAAUGGAGCAAGCUGGAGUCUGUAUACGUCAGUAUACAGCUAAAACAUUGGGGCUUGGUUAGGAAUCUGAAAAUCAGCACAAUGUUGUUUAAAAAUAAGCAAAACUAUUUAUUUUUACAAAAACACUCCCAGAUGAGCUAUAUAAAUGGAUCAUCUACAAAACAUUUAUGCAAAGAAAAAUCUAUUGUACAAUGUCUCUUUUAAGGCAGAUAAAUGUUUUUAUCACCAGUUUCCAAAAUAGACCACAUCAAUGGAAGCUAAGCCUUAGUCGUCUGCUCUGUUAUGGUGCUUUCAUAUUUGUUUGUUUUUUGUUCAUUUUAUUCCCCUGCUACUAAUUCAAACAUAACAAAAAUCCAGUCCAGCACCCGUGUCAGACAAAUAGUGUGCAUGCUGUAGGAGUAACCGCACACACUCCCAGGAUAUCCAAAGAAAGCACCAAGGAAGAUGCGACAUUCACUCACAGUUUUAAAGGGAUAUUAAAUAGUAUGAGAUCCUAAUAUAAAAUGUUUAAUUGUGUGUAGUUAGAAUACUUUGCAAUUUACUUUUAUUAUUUAUUUUGUCCCCUUUUUCUGCAAUUUAAAGAGCUAGAAAGGUAAAAAAAGAAUUGUGCAUUUCAAUUUUAAAUAGAAACAUUUUCACAGUAUUCUGUCAUUAGCAAAAAGGCUUCUAGUAAAAUAUAUUACUGUUUUUUUCUGCAGCAUACGCACAUAUGUUGUGAGGGGUCCCGUGCACCAGUAUUCUAACACCUCACUUUUUCAGAGGGUCAGCAGUAGUCUUCAGAAGCAAUAGACACCAUUGCCACCUCUCUGAGUGCAUUGUUGCUAAUGGAAGUAUAUUGCAAAAAUGCUUCUAUUUCAAAUUCAAAAGCACCUAUGCGCGUUUCAUUUUUUACAUUUCUAUCCCUUUAACUCUGAACAUUGUUGCUUUUUUAAAUUCCACUGAGUUUCUAUACAGUAAUGGGUGCCACCAUGUUUAAACUUAAGUUGCCCCUUACCGGUUUCCCCUGGUGAAGACUAUUAGGGACAGAUAUAAAACAGGCAAUAAAAGAGACUGUCCAAACAAGGCUGUGUGGAAAAUAGGAUAAUCUUAAAGGGAUUCCACACAUCUGUGUUUACACAGAGAUAAAUAGAAAACUAGUUUAAACAUGGUGGCGCCAUAGAAAUUAAGAACCUUUACACUUAUAUUUUCAAUAUGUAAACAACUAAUAUAAUUUAAGGCUAGUCUUUACUUUGAAUACAUCAUUGUUUCUAGCAUAUAUUUACUGUUAAACAUCCCUUUAAUUAGUGGUAUAAAACAUAGACAACAUUCUGGGCUACAAGCACUUAUUUAAGUCACACAGAACACUAUAUACAAUAUACUGCUGUUUAAUUAGUAUCUCAGGUGUAAUUCCUCAUUAAGGGAUUAACCCAUUCCUAUCCUAACACCAUUAUAUAUAUAUAUAUACAGCAAAUUAAAUACCACUGAGGUGGUUUUGGAUCAAGUCCUUAGAGUGCGGUCUUAACUUAUUGCUCAUUUAUGUAUAUAUGCACCGCACCGGGGCAGAAAAAUUUUGUCACGUGAGUGCUUGGUGACAAAGUUUGCAAUAUAUAUAUAUAUAUCUUAUAUGUACUGCUUCAAAAGAUGGGGGAAAGUAAUACUUCCUACAUUGCAUAAAUAUUCUUAAUGAUAAUACCAAAAUAUUAAAAUAAAAAUACUAGUGAAACAAUGCCCCUUCUAAACCACUGUUAUUUGCUUUUGGAUAUAGAGAUAUUAAGGUUUAUAUUGUAGCGAAAAGAGAAAAAAGCGCAACCCCACAUCAAGGUAGACGUUUAAGCUUUAUUACACACACUGCAUGCGGUUAUCAAGAUCCCGGCGAUCUUACAUUGGAUUAUACCAGAGACAUUCUAACCGGGCUGAGAUUUUCCUCUCUUCUUCCCUGUUUGGGAUACAGGCUGGUUAAACAAUUUUAUCUUGUAAGUGUUUGUAACCGCAUGCAGUGUGUGUAAUAAAGCUUAAACGUCUACCUUGAUGUGGGGGUUGUGCUUUUUUCUCUUUUCGCUACAGGAUUGCCUCAUAGAGAGUGUUCAGUGACGCACCUCACUGAAAGUAUCUGCACCCCACGGAUCAAGGUGAUUGGGGGAACCAUGGAAUCUGAAAAAAAUAAAAGGCUUUAUUGGUACUUCCCUGGAUUCUAAGAACGAUUACUUUUCAUAUAUCUGGAAGUGGUAAAUGUACUGUUCCUUGAUUCUUUAAUAUGUUCAACAUAUACUAAUAUUUGGUCAUUAUAGAUCAUAGGAUCUUGUCCUUUACAGCAUUUGCACAACACUCCAGGUAGUGCUGCCUUCGAGUGUAUUUGUAUGUAAUUUUAUGUUCAUUGGUUACAAUUUAUAAGAUCAUUAUUUUUAUAUAAAAUACCUAUCACUUUCUGAUAUAUUGGUAUUUAAGAUCAGAUAUAUUAUAAUUGAAAUAUAAUCAUUCCAACCACAUACACUCUCUAUAACCCUCAAGAUAACAUAUUUUACCCAUUUAGUUACACUGCUAAUACUCUGUUUUGGGUUAUUAAGGUUUAUAUAUCCAAAAGGCCUCUUGUUUCUUUAGUACGUUUUCCCUGUCUCCUCAAUGUCUUAAUACUGGGGCACUAAAGUGGUAAGCUACUGGGGCAGUUACAUCUCCCCGUUCUAAUGUUGGAUUUAUGUUGAUUAAUACAGUUUCUAACCCUUUGGGUGGUCUCGCCAACAUAAACAAUCCCACAGGGGCAUUUGAUCAAAUAGAUGACAACAGAAGUAUAACGGGUAUAAUAUGUUAAAAUAGAAAACGUUCAAUCAAUUCUAGGAUGGAUAAAAAAAAAAACUCCUCUUAAGGAGACUUUAUGCAACAUGCCAAAUAAGGGUAACCUUUCUUCGUUUUAGAGGUAAUAUAACUCUGUCUCAUCGGGGAUCGCUACCAAUAUCGGCUUUUACCAAUUUGUCCAUUCAGACAAGGAAUGGGUUAAUCUCUUAAGGAGGAUUUACACCUGUUGAUACUAUUUAAACAGUCCUUUGUAUAUAGUUUUCUAUGUUACAUGAUUAAGGACUCAUAGCCUGAGCCAUUCUCCAUGCUUUAUUCUACUGAUAAAAUUUGUGAGUGAAUCUUGCAUCUUAUGAGUGGGUUCUGCAGUGGUUUUCUUCCUUGAUACUAAUUCGGAUAGUACUGUGUUUUCGGCAAAUUCUUUCUGUUAACUAGUGAUCAAGUCCUUUUCUGGUUUGUGUUGGUGUGUGCUCACAAGAAUCUUUCUAAAGGAUUGUAAUUUUGUUUAUUUUAUUACAUUUCCUCAUUAUUUCUCGUGUCUUUCAACUUGUUAUGCCAGAUUAUUCUAUAUCUGUGAUUUACUAAAUUGACUUGGUACAUCUGAUAUACACAACACUCUGUAUAUGCCCUUAAAGGGACAGUCAACACCAAAUUGUCCCUUUAAUACCUAUUCCCCAGUUUUGCAUAACCAACACAGUUAUAAUAAUACACGUUUUACCUCUGUUAUUACCUUGUAUCUAAGCCCCUUAUUUCAGUUCUUUUGACAGACUUGCAUUUUAGCCAAUCAGUGUUCACUCCUUGGUAAAUUCACUUGCGUGAGCUCAAUGUAUUCUAUAUAGCACACGUGAACUAAUGCCCUCUAGUGGUGAAAAACUGUCAAAAUGCAUUGAGAUGAGAGGCGGCCUUCAAGGACUAAGAAAUUAGCAUAUGAACCUCCUAGGUUUAGCUUUCAACUAAGAAUAUCAAGUGAACAAAGCAAAAUUGGUUAUAAAACUAAAUUGGAAAGUUGUUUAAAAUUACAUGCUCUAUUUGAAUCAUGAAAGUUUUUUUUGCACUUGACUGUCCCUUUAAGUGUAUGUACUUCCCGUCUUCAGCACUUCAAAGUCAAUAAUCAUUGUUUAUUACAGAAGUCUAUCAGCCAAAUACGUUAUCGUCCGGUAUAAAAAGUAAGUUAUCAGAAAUCGUAGCAUAAAAAAUGUGAUGUUUGUGUAUCUCUCUUAUCCUUUUUAUUCAAUUAUCUUUUUAUAGCAGCCAUGAGUGUGAGUUAAUGAGACAUUAAAGUCAUGGUAAAACGUUUGUGAAACGCUAGGAUUUACCAGUGGAACAAAUAAAGGGGACUUCAUGCUGAAAGCUCCUUUUAUUUGUCUGAAGCAUUCGCUGCACUAAGCUCCUCAGGCCGCAGAACGCUAUUUUGCUGUAAUGUGACAUUUCCACCUCUUAGCCAAUAGUCGUGCAGGCCAGCUGCUAAGAUCAAGUCACAGCAAAAUAGUGUUCUGCCGUGGGCUGCCUGAGGAGCUCAGUGCAGUGAACGCUUCAGACAAAUAAAGGAACUUUCAGCAUGAAGUAUUUUAUACUCCAUGACGGAAAUUCCCCAUUUAUUUGUUCCACUGGUAAAUCCUAGCGUUUCACAAACACUAGGAUUUACUAUCAUUUUAAAGUAUUUAUUUUUUUUAUCCGAAAGAAAUUAUUUUUGUAUGCGUACGUUUUUUGUUUUAACCAGUUAACGGCUUUAGGACAUUCUAUGCCAUCCUAUUAGCUCUGGACUUUAACGCCCUUAGGGUGAUUGAUCAAUGGCUGAAAAAGAACCACAACUCUAUUAGUGGAUGAGGACCACACUCUACAAGCAGAAAAAGGUUAUAUUUUUUUAUGUCUUGUUUGGGGGGUGGGUUCAGCACAGGGUAACAACAAAAUAAUAAUAAAUGUUAAUAAAAUGGUUUCUUCUAGAUGUGAAACGGAAUUCAAUUUCCAUUAAACCCAAAUUCCUCAAAUUAAGCCAAUAAGAAAAUCCUAUUGACCGUAUAUAUGUGUCAUGUGUUAUUUAAAACACAAUGCAUAAUUUGCAAACACAUAAUAAACAGACAAUGCAAUAAUUCUUUAAAUUUACAAUGCGCAGUAGUUUUUCUUUAUGUAUUAUACCUGCUGUUCUUGUAAUUUAAACUUGUAAAUUGUAGUUUUCCCACCGUCCCCCAUAGAGGCUGAAGUAUAUCCUACUACCCGAUUCAUAACCCUGGUACACUUUUCAAGGGAUAUGUCUCUGGACUGCAAAACAAUGCACAUUUUGAAUAAUGAAAUUACAGAUCUUUGCAUUGCAAUGAUAAAUGCAUUUAUAGAAAAGUUAAUGUCCCUUUUAAUAUACGUGGUUUUUUAUCUGCAGGUAAAAUGAUCAUUUGAUUCAAUAUGACUUGAAGAUUUAGAUAUUGUGUAUUCAAUCUCCAUAAAACAGUUGUAUGAAUUGUCAGCCUUUCUAAGACAUAACAGAUUCCCUCCCACUGUAUGUUUAGUUACAGAUCCUAUAUCUACAGUAUGUAUCAUUGGAGCGUUCAUGUCAAGCUGCUAUGUACAUUGUCUAGAGACUAUGAGCUACUGUAUAACACAUUUUGGAAGUAAGAUUUUGGGUACAGGAAUGUCUUACGCUUGCUAUUGUGUGGUGCAAGCUGAGAGUUAAACAGAGGAAUAACGUCAAAUCUUUUAUUAAAAUAAAUGGAAACUA